AUGGCUACGACUUCCAUGGCUAUACAGUCGCGAGGGGCGCAAAAAGAGAUGCCCAACCAGACGCUCUACUGCAGCAACCUCCCCGACAAGCUCCAGAAGGCUGAUCUCAAGCGUUCACUAUACCUCCUCUUCGUUACCUAUGGCCCCGUACUCGACAUCGUGGCCCUCAAGACGUCCAAAAUGCGCGGGCAAGCUCAUAUUGUGUUUCGGGAUAUCCAGGCUGCCUCACAAGCUAUGCGCGCACUACAAGGAUUUGAGUUCUUUGGCAAAAACAUGAAAAUCGCAUACGGGAAGGGCAAGUCGGACAGCAUCGCGAAACUAGACGGGACUUUUAAAAUUCCGGUCAUGGAGAAGGAGACUGAACAAACGCCGCUCCAGCAGAUGGCCUUUGGUGGCCUCCCUCCCGGAGCCGAGGAGACUCAGAGCAACCAGGGUACUAAGAGGACACGAGACAAUGAGAGUGACAACGAGGAUGCGCCAAUGGAGGAGGAUGACGACGACGCAGCAAUGGAAGAGUCGGACUCGGAUUGA